CUGCGCAGUCGUGUACUUCAGAAUCCUUUGCGCCCUCGGCCCCUCCUGAGGAGCGUGGGAACCCAGAGUGCUGGCUUUAUUGGGGAAAGCGGUGGUUGUUCACGCGGGCACGUUUCCGGAAAGGUGAACACUGGAGAAAGUUAGGUUGAAGGUGAGGCAGGCCCCGACGACGCACUUACAAGUUGAAUAUUGGCACAUCAUUUACUUGCUGCUCCCGUGCAGUGAGUGCACCUGUGCGUUUUAAUGCUGGAUCAAAUUUGUGGAAAGAGGCGCGCCUUAAGACUGGAUUGCUGAGCUGCGCGCCACUCUGUUUUUCCAAAGCGUUUUUGAAAUAGUCUUUCAACCUGUUUGCAUAAAGGGACAUCUCUUAAAUGCAGCAAGUUUUAAUGUACUUUUGCCAAAGACAAUGAUUUGUAAAACCCAUAUUCUUUUAUAUGACGGUUACUGCCGCAGUCGCUACCUCUGAAUUAGAUGAAAUUUUUAUGGGACGUAAGGUGCCAGAGGAUUUAGAUCAAACCAAAUUUUGAAAACCUAUGAGAACAACAGAAAGGGUCUUAAAGAUAAAUAUGAAUUUAGAUUCCAUUCAUCGAUUGAUUGAGGAAACGCAGAUCUUCCAGAUGCAGCAGUCAUCAAUUAAGUCACACUGUGACAUGGUGGCACCUGCCUCACCCACCAGGCAUACCUAUAAUACCUGCUUCCCAUUUUAUGGGCUACAAUCUCACACUGCUCACAAUUUAUGUGCACAUUCAUGUAACACCAGUGAAUGGGAUAUUUGUGAGGAACUUCGCCUCCGGGAACUUGAAGAAGUCAAGGCCAGAGCUGCUCAGAUGGAAAAGACCAUGCGGUGGUGGUCGGACUGCACUGCCAACUGGAGAGAAAAAUGGAGUAAAGUUCGAGCGGAAAGGAACAGUGCCAGGGAGGAAGGAAGACAACUCAGACUAAAACUAGAGAUGGCAAUGAAAGAAUUGAGUACACUGAAAAAGAAACAGAGUCUGCCACCUCAGAAGGAGGCAUUAGAAGCUAAAAUCACCCAGGAUCUGAAGCUUCCUAGUUUCGUAGAAGAAUCCUGUGAACAUAGAGAACAAUUUCAAUUUGGUUUUCAAAUGUGUGAGUCUAUCAGAGAGUGUUUAGUAAAAAGACAAUUUUCUACAAAGGAGGAAACAAAUAAUAAGGAAGAAGGAGUGGUUAUUGAUUCUUUAAAAUUAAAUGAGGAGAUGAAACCUAAUCUAGAUUGUGUUGAUUUAUUCAAGAAUGGUGGCUCUGGAAAUGGUGAAAUGAAACCUGGGCUGAAACUGAAAGCGAUAAACCUGCCUUUGGAAAAUCAAAUAACUGAAAUUUCAGCUUUGCAGGUGCAUUUGGAUGAGUUCCAAAAAAUCUUAUGGAAGGAAAGAGAAAUGCGCACAGCUUUGGAAAAAGAAAUAGAGAGACUAGAGUCGGCUUUGUCUCUGUGGAAAUGGAAGUACGAAGAACUGAAAGAAUCAAAGCCCAAAAACGUGAAAGAGUUUGACAUUCUUCUUGGUCAACAUAAUGAUGAAAUGGAGGAACUAUCAGGCAAUAUGAAGGAAGAAUCUAAAUCUCAAAACAGCAAAGAUAGAGUGAUUUGUGAGCUAAGAGCAGAGCUAGAGAGAUUGCAAGCUGAAAAUACCUUGGAGUGGGACAAGAGGGAAAUACUUGAAACAGAAAAGCAGGGACUGGAGAGAGAAAAUAGAAGGCUGAAGAUCCAGGUGAAAGAAAUGGAAGAGCUCUUGGAUAAGAAAAAUAGAUUAAGUGCAAACUCUCAAGGUCCUGAUUUCAAGAUGUCACAAAUUGAUCUGCAAGAAAAAAACCAGGAACUGUUGAAACUUCAACAUGCCUACUAUAAACUAAGCAGACAAUACCAGGCAAAGAUUGCAGAACUGACUCAUGCAAACAACCGAGUGGAUCAAAACGAGGCAGAAGUAAAGAAACUGAGAUUACGAGUGGAAGAACUAAAGCAGGGACUCAACCAAAAAGAAGAUGAGCUUGAUGAUUCCCUGAAUCAGAUUCGUAAGCUCCAGAGGUCUCUGGAUGAACAGAAAGAAAGAAAUGAAAAUUUAGAGACUGAACUCAGGCACUUACAAAACUGAUGAUACUUUGGCUACAUGACUGACCCUUCGAAGUUUAAAAGUGGAAUAGAAAACAUAAAGACUGCAUUUUCUGAUUGUCACCCUGGCUCUGUUAUUCUCUGUUCUACGGCAUUGCUAGCCUCCUAGCUUAACUAUGUGUAGAUUAUGAGUGUCAAGUAAUAUUGCUCUUCUAUGCAAAUAUUUUCCUAAUUUUAGAUAACCUAAGCAUUUCAAG